GAGCAGAUCCUGAACAGCUUCUAGUCAGUCAGUCAGUCAGGCUUCGAGCAGAGUUUACACGUUGUAUUUCAGACUAUGGUUUAAGUGUAUAAACUAUAUUAUUUAAUCAUGGCUUGUGGUGGCUUUGUUUGCUCCAAAACGUCUCUCUGCAUCUUGAACCUUAUUUACGUGUUGGUCAGUCUUCUGUUGAUCGGUGUGGCAGCCUGGGGAAAAUGGUUCGGGCUGGUCUCUAGUUUCAGUGUAAUGGGUGCUGUAAUCGCCGUUGGAUUGUUUCUAUUCAUUGUGGCCAUCAUUGGACUGUGUGGAGCUGUGAAGCAUCAUCAAGUCCUCUUGUUCUUUUACAUGUUUAUUCUUUUCCUGGUAUUCAUAGUGCAGUUUUCCGUAUCAUGUGCCUGCUUAGCCAUUAAUAAAGAACAACAGAACCUUCUGCUCGAGAUUGGAUGGAAUAAGUCUGAAUCAAUGCAGAGUGAUUUGGAAAGAUCAUUGAAUUGCUGCGACUUCCUUCAGGUUGACUACAGUGGAUCCUGUGAAGCUACCUGUUUCAAGGAAAAAACAUGUAAACCGUGUUCAGUAAUAAUCCAAGCCUAUGCUGACGACGCUCUACAGUUUGUCGGGGGAAUCAGCCUGUUUUUCAGUUUUACAGAGAUUCUAGGUGUCUGGCUAGCAUACCGAUACAGGAAUCAGAAGGAUCAUCGACAAAAUCCUGGCGCUUUCGUUUAACGCGUAUAAAUAUUCAAGACUGAUUUGGUGUUGAAUGGACUUUUUUUCGUUGUUUCUGAAUCUUAAUGGUUUUGAUGUGCUGUUUGUAUCAAUAGCAAACCCCAUUACUUGAUUCUUCUAGAAUACAAUAACAAAUGAAGCGUUCUGUUGACCUUUAUAAUAUUUAUUUGUGCAACAGCCAUAAUGAUAGACUUGGUAAUAUAUAUCAUUACAGAUUGUGUAAGUAGGUUAACUGGGCUUGAACUUCGAUCCCAAUUCGACAACUCUUACAAAGAUAAAGAGCUGCUAAAUAAACAAGACCUUAAAAACGUGGAAACUCAUCUCAUUUCAGACUGAAAUAACAAACUAGCAUUUUUAAGGAAUUCAUAUCUUUCCUGCAUAAUACAUCAAACAAUACUGGGCAUGGGAGGGUGCCUCAGUGGAUAGCACUGUCGCCUCACAAGGAGGUCACUGGUUUGAGGCAUUUUUGUGUGUUUGCACGUUCUUCCCAUGUUGAUGUGAGUUUCCUCCAGGUGCUCUGGUUCCCCCCACAGUCCAAAAACAUGCGCUAUAGGUGAAUUGAAUAAACUAAAUUCAAGUGUAUCUAUGCGUGAACUGCAAGACAAGGGUAUAACAUGAAGGGGUGUAAUUUGUAGUAAGUUAAAGGUGUUACUUGCAGUUAUCAACAUCCCAUUGAACCAUGCAGGAUGUCACAAAAAGAUGUUGUUGGCAAGAUGGCGAAAACACUUACCAGAUAACAUUUUCAACAAAUGUUUUCAUGAGUUUUCUCUAAAUUUAUCAACAACCACUUCAUUUGAUAUAUUAAUAUAUUAAUUGAUUUAGCAACUCCACUCACAGAGCGCUUACUCCAUUUUGUAAUGAAAGUUAGCCUACUCAGCGUCGCCCCCGUGGUUGCAAAUAACAGUACAAUGGUGAGCAUUUCAAGUAUGAAAGCCUCCCCAAUUCGCGGCUAUGUUAAUAACUGUGGUGGUUGGGUUUAGGUUUGAGGAAGGUGUAGACGUUAAUAACAAUGAUGGUUGGGGAAGGUGUAGAUGUUAAUACCGAUGAUGGUUGGGUUUAGGUUGAGGAAGGUGUAGUUAAUAACAAUGAUGGUUGGGUUUAGGUUUGAGGAAGGUGUAGACAUUAAUAACGAUAAUGGUUGGGGAAGGUGUAGAUGUUAAUAACUGAUGGUUGGGUUUAGAUUUGAGGAAGGUGUAGAUGAUAAUAACGAUGAUAGUUGGAUUAAGGGAUGGGUUAGGUAUAAACGUUAAUAUCUAUGAUGGUUGGGUUUAGGUUUGAGGAAGGUGUAGAUGUUAAUAACUAUGAUGGUUGGGUUUAGGUUUGAGGAAGGUGUAGACGUUAAUAACGAUGAUGGUUGGGUUUAGGUUUGAGGAAGGUGUAGAUGUUAAUAACUAUGAUGGUUGGGUUUAGGUUUGAGGAAGGUGUAGACGUUAAUAACGAUGAUGGUUGGGGAAGGUGUAGAUGUUAAUAACUGAUGGUUGGGUUUAGGUUUGAGGAAGGUGUAAAUAAUAACGAUGACAGUUGGAUUAAGGGUUGGGGAAGGUUUAGAUGUUAAUAACGAUGAUGGUUGGAUUAAGGGAUAGGGUAGGUAUAAACGUUAAUAUCUAUGAUGGUUGGAUUAAGGGUUGAGGAAGGUGUAGAUGUUAAUAACUGUGAUGGUUGCGUUUAGGUGUGAAGUAGGUAACUGAUGCAGAGCACCAUCUUGCCGAAAACAUAGUUUUUGACAUGUGGGUCUCCAUAACUUCAAGUUACAUUACUCCUCUAACAUUCUACAAGUUGCACCCCUUAAUGUUACGCCCAUGUCUUGCAGACAGACACUACUCACUAAAUUGGCCAUAGUGUAUGAGUAUGUGUGUGAAUGUGAGAGUGUAUAGGUGUUUCCCAGUUAUGGGUUGCUGCUGGAAUGGCAACCGCUGCAUAAAACAUAUGCUGGAAUAGUUGGCGGUUCAUUCCACUGUGGAAUCAGGGACUAAGCCGAAGGAAAAUGAAUGAAUACUGGCCAUUUACUUUAAGUUUCUGUCUUCUGCUGAACACAAAAGAAGAUAUACUGAAGAAUGUUCUAAAAACCAGAAAUUGACUUCCAUAGUAUUUGGAUGUCAACAGCUGUUUCAUCCCCCUAUUUUUAUGCACAUUUUGGAUGAUCGCAUUAAAAAUGCUUAAUAAAAAUGCCAUUUAGUUUUUGAUGCACAUUAAAUGGUUUGUUCAUUCUUUGCUCCCAAAGAGUGGUCUUGUGCCUGCUAAAGCCACCAUACGCAAGCAAUUUAAUAUUAUAUUUGGAAAAAAUCUCAUCUUACUGCAGUAAAAUCCACUUUUCUUUUCGAUAUUUGGCACCAAUUCAUCAGAAAAUUAAGAUUUUGUUCUCUGUCACAAACUGCUUUAAUCGCAAAUGUUUUAUGCAAUAGUUUCGCACAAGCCUAAUUCACAUUUUGAAUGGAAACAUAGCCAAUGACUGCUUUGUCACAACAUUCUUCUGAACAUCUUGUUUUGUGUUAAACAGACUAAAGAAAUGUUUAGAACCACUUGAGUGAGAGUGAAUGUUCAAUUUUGGGUGAACUAUCCCUUUAAACUCAGAUGCUUUGGGAAUCUAAAAUAAUAAACUUGCACGUUGAAACUUAAACUACACCCAACCCAUUUCCACAUCAUUUUGUUCAGGAUACAACCAGGAACUCCUACAUGGUCUGUUUGUAUUCCCCAUAUUAGCAAAUGGUGUGGCACUCCUUCCUGUCCAGCUGGUUUUCCACAGGUGAUUAACUAAAAUCAUCAAGUCUAGUGCUUCCCUCUGCUGGCUGCAGUGAAAACAUAUCAGACAUACUCAUCUGCACAUUUGCAUUACGCUAAACCGAAGGCUAAAUAGUAGAUAUUUUAAUUUCAGCUGAGAGAUUGAUUUUUAUAUUUGUUUUAUAUUAAUAUUGUCUAAUGUUAUGCACUAUGCUUGUACAAUAUAUGCUCACACUUUAUUUUGAUGGUCCGUUUGUUGAAUUUAAAUUACAUUGCAUCUACAUGCCAACUAAUUCUCAUUAGAUUAUAAGUAGACUGUUAGGUUGGGGUUAGUGUAAGUUGACAUGUACUUGCAAAAAAAAAAGAAAAAAGGGGGAGCAAUAUCAGCAGAUAUUAAGCAGACAGUCUACUAAUGCUCAAAUGGACCAUCAAUAUAAAGUGUCACCCAAUACUUACUAAUUUAUAGUAAUUUAGUGUUUUUGAGGCAAUUUUAAGCAUGCGAAAAUACAAAUGUGAAAAACAAAGAAGCUACAUGUUUGCAUAGACGUCUUGUGUUGAAGUUCAUGUGUUGUCUUUGUCACUGACUUCUGUUGUUUUUAUUCAUAUUAAGCAUAUGAAUAAAACAUCUAAUUGCUAAUAAGUUUAAUUGUGUUCUUCUGGCAGAAUCUGUCAAUUGAUUAUUAAUGUCUUUGCCUCUACAUUGAAUGAACACAAAAAUAUACAAAUACAUUUUUAAUCUACAUUUGCAGAGGGGUAUAAAAUCAUAUUCAUAUAUGGGUCAAAGACAAAGGGGUUUUUCAAGCAUUUAAAAUAACAAUAAAAUUGUAAUGAAUUA